AUGGCUGUUAUUAUAGGAACUAUGGAAGAUUGGAAUGAGAAACUCAUUGAAGCUGCUAAAAAUGGAAGAGUAGAAGAAUUGAAGCUCUGCCUAGCAAAUGGAGCAAACAUUGAUUUUAAAGUUAAUGGAUGGACAGCAUUAAUGUUGUCUGCCAUUAUAGGACAUGUGGAAGUGUGUCGACUUCUCCUGGAGAACAAAUGUGACAAAGAUAUCACAGAUGAGGAUGGAUGGACAGCAUUAAUGUUGGCUGCCUGGAAAGGAUAUGUGGAAGUGUGUCGACUUCUCCUGGAGAACAGAUGUAACAAAGAUAUCACAUCAGGUACUGGAUGGACAGUAUUAAUGUUGGCUGCCAGUAGAGGACAUGUGGAAGUGUGUCGACUUCUCCUGGAGAACAGAUGUAAUAAAGAUAUCACAUCAAUAGAUGGAGAAACAGCUUUACAUCUGGCUGCUAAGUGUGGACAUCUACAGACCACAAUAUGUCUGGUAGAACAAGGAGGCAUCAGUCCCUUGGUUAAAACACAUGAGGGUAAGACUCCGUAUGAUCUAGCGGCAGCAGAAAAAAAGGGACAGUAUAAAAAAGUGAUGGAAUACUUACAGACUGCAGUUCUAAGGACGAAAGAUUCUAUGUUGAACAAACUGCUUGGCAGCGGAAGCUACCAAUCUUUUGACAUGCGCUGCAUGGUAACAGGCCAGUUCGCUGUUGGGAAAUCAAGUCUAGUCAAGCUUUUAGUUGGGGAUAAUGUUCCAGAAGGGCGACAUGCCACUGAUGGCAUUUCCCUCGUUGAAGGUCGUUGUGGACUUGAUAUAGAGACAAGAAAUUGGAUCAUGAUUGAUCCAGGAACAUAUAAUGCCUUGGAUGUAGUAUACAAUAAGGUUUUAAUGACCUCUGUUGAAAAAGAUGAAAGACAACAAACACAAACAUCAGGAAAACAUAAAUCGGGUGCAAAACUUGUUGAAAUUCCAAAUAAAGACGAUAUUCAUUCUCAGAAGUCAGAAGCUAGCAAGUCAACAGCUUUCGUUGUGAACCUAUCGGAUGAAGCCUCUACACAGCCACAAGCAGCUCAAUCUUUGUCACCACAUAUAUCUUCUAGUGAGUCUUAUAAACAGCAAACGAAAAAGAAAAUGACCACUAAAAUGACCAAAAAACAAAUGAGAAAGAAAAUGGAAAAGGUCCUCAAAACUGGGAAAUAUGAAAUGAAAGUUGGUAGACUCAUCUUCUGGGACUUUGGUGGACAGUAUGUCUAUUAUACAACACACCAGACAUUCAUGACUUUCAGAGCGUUGUUUCUAGUAGUUUUUGAUGGAAGUAAAGAAUUGAAUGAAGAAAUACCUGAUGUACUGUGUUUUCCAGGGCAGCACAUGACACCAACCCCAGCAGUCUUUUUAUUGCACUGGGUGAACUCAAUCCUGACCUAUUGUAAGGUGGUGUAUGCUGGUAUUCCUAAGAUAUUGUUUGUUGCUACCCAUAAGGACAAGGUACCAGUGGUCACCUUUUUUAAAGAAUAUGAAGGUGUUUUACAGAUAUUAGAAUAA